AUGCAGAACAUGACGAGACGCUUUGGUCGCAUGACGACUAAGUCGUCUGCAGAUGACAGUCAAAUUGCUGUGCUUUUAAAAGACUUCGACGAUGCAGAUAUGCUCCUAGGCAAGAUCGUGGAAUCUACCCAAUCCUGGCGUGAUGCUUGGAUCUCUAUCGCAACUUACCAGAGUCGCCUUAUUGAUGAAUUCGACGGCCUCUACGGUCCUAUCAUUGGCUCCUCAGAAACCCCGUCCAACCACAACGCCGUCGAUACAGACCCCGUCAGAUUAGCUCGGACAAACCGACUGCGCAAGGAAUAUGAUGAACUACGUAACGACCUCAUAGAGGAACUCGGUGCUGUCGAUACUCGCAUGACCAAGCCGGCUUCGCAGGCAAAGGAAUCCCUUGCGCCGAUGAAAAAGACGAUCAAAAAGCGAAACGACAAGAAGACCGACUUUGAAAUCUCCCAAGGACGUGUUGAUAGCCUCAUGAAAAAGCCAAAGCGCACCGACCGCGACAAUGCGAACCUGGCCAAAGCGGAGGCAGAACUUGCCGAUACGAAAGAGGCUUACCAAGCUGCCGACGAGGACCUACGACAGCGACUCCCAACAUUAAUCGCCCUCAUAUUCUCCCUGACGCCAUACUUCCUCGAAGCACAGGUCGAGAUCCAAAACCGCAUGCUUGCGAACUAUUACACUGUACUUCACACUUAUUGUACAGAAGAGGGAUUCCCCUCCCCGCCACCAGACAUGGAACAAGUUGUCCAAGACUGGGAGUUUGCCUUCAAACCUGUGCAAACUGAAAUAGAAAACUUCGGUUCCCUGACCAUCGGCAAGGCCAUGCGUCGAGCCGCAGCCGAGCACGACAACAAGAAACGCCCUUCAAUUGGAAGCCGCGCUCCUAGCAAUGCCUCAUCGACCUCGCUCCCAUCUUACCGCCGAGGCUCACAAACACCAGGAUCGUCGGCCCAGACACCCUGUGUACCAGAAUACCCUCCCUCUCCGCCCCUGUCAACACUUAGCCACAAGAGCAGCGCAAUUCCCGUUGGAAACGCCGCAGGAUCUAAGCCCCUCGCAACGGGCGGUGACUACUUCGAGCCCCCUCGUCCUACAUUCAUGCCAACCCCACAAGCCACUCCCAUUUCAUCAGGAGUGGUCAGAUCACCCGCCGGCCCCAAUGUAGACUCUUUCCAGGCCAAGGUAUCACCCAUGGCUGCCGCCAUAGGAAAGAAAAGACCUCCGCCACCACCACCGUCAUCCCGUCCAGUGUUUGUCACGGCGCUGUAUGACUUUGACGGCCAGGGGAAUGGUGAUCUGAGUUUCCGGGAAGGGGACCGCAUCCGCGUCGUGCGGAAGACGGAUAGCACGGACGACUGGUGGGAAGGCGAGCUGAGAGGGCAGAAGGGACCUUUCCCUGCCAACUACGUUGAACGCCGAGCAGCCCUAAAGCAGACACGCACAAUCUUCCUCUCAAACGGGCAUCCCCACCACGAAGACCUCAGCCCAAUGACGGACCUGUGGUGGGUAUCCGUCAAGCUAUCCAUCACAGACUACCUCUAUUCCGACGAAGAGUUGAUGGACGUCGUGGUUGACCGGUGCCGCGCCGGUGACUGCGAGAUCACCCAUUACGAGGCCAUGCACCACCGGCGCGAGCUUUAUGUCUCGUUUCCCGUCAUGAACUGCGAUAAGGACCUUGGGCAGCGCGGCUGGGUUUUUAUUGUUAUUGGGCUUGUCGAGCAUUAUCAGAGGGAGAUUGGGGCUGGGCGGCUUGCUGUUGAUCGGGAUUAUGUUUUCGGGACUAGAGGAUAG